AUGACACAGGAUGCACACUUGAACUCGUGCAAAAAGUGCCGCGACUGUAUUUGGAAUCGCUUCGAAUCACGUUCAUUUCCCUGGAGCCCAUUGAUCGACAUGCCGUCGUACGAGCAGCAUGGGUAUUGGAGAUUGCGAUGGACACGUGAAUACUGCGAAUCCCGUCUCAACGUACCCAAUGUCAAUGCCUCUCCGCGUUUUGGAAAUCUUUUCUCUCUCCAGAGCCCGAGCACACCGGAAAAUGAGAUGUCAGAGGACGGACAGCAGCAUCUCGAAGACAACAACUUUCUCGCUGUACCAGUGUUUUUUCAUCGCAUUCGAUACGCCCAGCCUACGCGCUCAGAUUGCCCAAUGAAGAGACAUAGCCCAAAGGCACGAAUCACUCACGUGAAGCGCAGGUUGGCGACGCAAUGGACUCGGUUGCGAGCUCACGAUGCAGGCACGGACGCAGCAGAUCACUUCGUUAAACUUUCAAGAAAGUCUUGUCCAAAGAUCCUUUGGAGCAGGGGGUCGGUCGAGAACAAAGCGUUUUCAAGUACAGACCGCGCCGGUAGUGGUGGCGCAAAUAGCCGAAGAGAGGGGCACGAAGCGGAACAGGUGCUACCCGAGGAACAAGACGACGCUGCAGACGAGGAGUCGGUUGCGAGUGCUCUUCAGGGCGAAGCCGAGUGUGUGUAUCGUUUCGCGCGUUGGCUACCCUCGGAAUUGCUGACAAAAACAUUUGAUUCGCACUAUCGAAAGCACUUCGUAUGCCAGAAAGUGCGAAGGACCAUAUACUGGUACCUCCACGUCGAUGACUUUCGGCUGCAUUAUUCUCCUCCAAAUUGGCAUCACCCAAGACCAUGGUGCGCGCAGGGGGACACGCGGAAGAAUAUAUUAGAGAUGUCUUCUCUCAAGAUCGGUUUGAGCGUGCGCUGGAGCGGGGCAUGUCCCGUAACCGAAACUAUAGCGCGGACUCACAACUACUGA